AUGAAGCAUGUGCUGGUUCCUUCUCACCCUGGCUGCAUCUCUACAGCACAGCUGGAUGUGGCAUUCCUUGUCAGCAGAGGCUCCCUUGAUCUUCUCCUGCUUAGAGGCCCAACUCCCCUCACUGUCCAGGAGGCAUCUGUGGCCACAGCCAACCCCAGCGUGUACUUCGACAUCGCGGUCGAUAACGAGCCCCUGGGCCGGAUUACUUUCGAGCUCUUUGCAGACAAGGUUCCAAAGACAGCAGAAAACUUCCGUGCUCUGAGCACUGGAGAGAAGGGAUUUGGUUACAAGGGAUCCUGCUUCCACAGAAUCAUUCCUGGGUUCAUGUGCCGGGGUGGUGACUUCACAUGCCAUAAUGGCACUGGUGGCAAGUCCAUCUAUGGGGAGAAAUUUGCUGAUGAGAACUUCAUCCUGAAACAUACUGGUCCUGGCAUCUUGUCCAUGGCAAAUGCUGGACCCAACACAAAUGGCUCCCAAUUUUUCAUCUGUACUGCUAAGACUGAUUGGUUGGAUGGCAAGCAUGUGGUCUUUGGCCAAGUGAAAGAAGGCAUGAACAUUGUGGAAGCCAUGGAGCGUUUCGGUUCUCGGGAUGGCAAGACCAGCAAGAAGAUCACUAUCGCUGACUGUGGACAGCUCUCAUAAGAUUUUUUGUUUU